AGUAAAGGCGCCUACAGCGAAAACAGACGAAGAAAAAGACGACAUUCCACGAAGAAGUCGGAAAAUAGUAAAAUGUCUCUUAGCAAGGAGCCAACCGUUAAGAUUUUGAAUGUUGUUGCUAUGCAAAACCUUUAUUCGCCAUUGUUUUUGUUUUGUUUUGUCGAUUGAUCGUAGACUAAACAUUACAGUUUAUCCGGUCUCGUCUCGCUGCACGUUCUCGCCCCCGCCGCACUUUGACGGCUUAUCGAGCUAGCCUAACUAGUUAGCGAAAGUUAGCCCCGCUCGCUAAUGUUGUCAUCUUGGGGCAACAUGCAGAAAGUCCAAAGUCUGAGAGUGUUGGUGAAUGAAAGACUCACCGCUGCCGUGGAAGAAAUAUUCGAAGUGUUGGAAAGAACGAUAGCGGGAUACGAGGAGGAACUUUCUCGAACGAAAGAGGAGAACCAGCGACAGCGUCAACUACUGGACGCUGCCUUCAAGCCUCAGACUGAAUCGCACAGAACGGCAGGCGUCAGUGAAGGAUGUUUUCCCUCACAGCAGCAGCAGGCGGGCUCCAGGUUGGAGCAGCCCCUCCAAAUCAAAGAGGAAGAGGAGGAGCACGUGUUGACUCAGGAAGGCGCUGACAUCAGCACAUUUCCAGUGACCCGUGUGAUUGUGAAGAGUGAAGAUGACGAAGACGAAGCUCAGUGGUCACAGCUUCACUACGGUCAAAGCGAGGAGCCGAGAAGAUCGGAAGCCGACGGCCUCUUGGCGCCGCUGUCGGACAGCGACGACGCCACGUCGCGCUCUUCUGACACAGACGACGAAGACUCCAAGGCGGACACGGCGAGUCACGCUGACAACUUCAAGUGCUCUCAAUGUGACAAAACGUUUGUCUACAAGCGGAAUUUGAGAAGACACAUGAGGUGUCACAAGGAAGACAAACACUUCAAAUGUCCUCAAUGUGACAAAAGUUUUGACGACAAGGCGCAUCUCGAAAGACACACGAGAAGUCACACCGGAGAAAAACCUUUCGGCUGUUCAGUUUGCGGCGAGAGGUUCACCCUGAAAGGCAAUUUGAAAAGACACAGCAAGAGACACACCGGAGAAAAGACGUUUUCCUGUUCCAUUUGUCGUCAGCCAUUUUCUUCUAAGUCUAACUUGAUGGCGCACACAAGAACACACACGAGAGAAAAGCCCUUCUCCUGUUCGUUCUGCAAUGCAAGAUUUAGCGUCCGCCCGGCGCUGGUUCAACACGUGAGAACGCACACGGGCGAAAAACCCUUUCCCUGCUCGGUCUGCAGUAAAAAAUUCUCCCAAAGAGCGCAUCUGACGGCGCACAUGAGAACGCACACGGGGGAGAGACCUUUUUCUUGCUCGGUCUGCAACGUGACUUUUGGCGUCAGUUCAACGCUGAUUCAACACAUGAAGACGCACACCAACGAGAAGCCGUUUUCCUGCUCAGUUUGCGGGAAAACGUUCUCUCGGAAAAGGAGCCUGACCGGGCACAUGCGAACACACACAGGAGAGAAAUUGUUUCCGUGCUCGGUGUGUAACGAGAGUUUUAGCGCCCGUUCGACAUUAAUCAACCACAAGCGGACGCACACCGGAGAGAAACCUUUCUCCUGCUCGUUCUGCGGGAACAAAUUCUCUCAAAAGGCCCACAUAAUAACACACAUGCGCACGCACACCGGAGAAAAGCCAUUUUCUUGCUCGGAUUGCGGUCAGACGUUCUCUCUGAAAGGCACUCUAAUGAAACACUCCAGGAAACACACCGGAGAAAAGCCAUUUUCAUGUACGGUCUGCAACAUAAGCUUCGGCGUCAGCUCCACCUUGAUUCGUCACAUGAGAACACACACUGGCGAGAAGCCUUUUGCUUGUUCGGUCUGCGGCAAAACUUUCUCCCUGAAAAGCUCUUUGGUGAUACACACAAGGAAGCACACCGGAGAGAAAACGUUUAGUUGCAAGGUGUGUGAAGAGAAAUUCUCUUCCAGGUGCCAGCUUAACAAACAUGUGUGUGCUGGGGAGGGCAGUGGCAGUCAAACACUCGUCACUAGCUAGAUUUGGACUUAUUAUGCUGUGCAUGUUUUGCCAUAACACAUGUAAAACACUUUGUCACGGAAUGAGACCUUUUUAUAUAUUGUACACUAUAAAAAAGGGCACGUACAAUUAAACAAAACACAAAUCCUCAUAGUCUUUGGCGUUUUAUCGCUCUCUUUCAUAUAACAUCAGCUGGCCAACUUUGUGUCAUGUAGCCACGCCCUCGUCUCUGGUACUAAGUGGAAAAGGCCGGCUUCUGAGGGUGGGCUGUAUAGGGGGAAGACCAUGAUGAUGUCUGAAGGGGAGGGGGGG